AUGCCCUCACUCACGACAGCAGAGCUCGACCGGCUGUGGGCUCGCAACGCCAAAGUCCCUGACGCGGUUUGCGUCAGCGUCCACGAGCUGAUUGCGCAGCGCGCGUGCUCGCAGCCCGAUCAGCCAGCCGUCGCCGCUUGGGACGGCGAUUACACCUAUGGGCAGCUCGUGCAUCUGGUGUGUAGUCUGGCCGACCAUCUGGCUCGGAACGUCUGCCCACGCCACGGAAGGGUGCUGCCAAUUGUGAUGAGCAAGUCGAAAUGGAUGCCGGUGGCCAUGCUCGGGGCCUUGAGCGGAGGCUGGGGGAUAGCUGCGCUGGAUGUGAACACGCCGACGGGCAGGCUUGCCGAAAUCCUGGACAUGCUGGAUCCGCCGUGCAUUCUCACGACUUCCGAGGUCAGGAUCACGGUGGAUACCGCGGUGCCGGCGCUCGCCGUGGAUGAGCUCGGCCUCGGAGACGAGCCGCCCGCGGCCACGGAGCAGCGGGACCAGCCAACGCCCGCAAGAGUCGCAGCCGUCGUGUUCACGUCGGGCAGCACCGGAUCGCCAAAGGGGGUCAUGCUAGGCCCGGAAUGCGUCUCGACCGCGGCCGUGAGCGGGUCGCAAAUCCUCCAGCUUGGCCCGGGGUCGCGGCUGUUCCAGUUCUCGUCGCUGGCUUUCGACGUCAGCCUGCAUGAGAUUUUCAUGACGCUGGUCGCCGGCGGAUGUCUCUGCGUUCCCUCCGAGACGGAGCGAAUGCACGACCCCGUCGCGGCCAUGCGGAGAAUGCGGGCGAACUACAUCUGCACGACGCCGUCCGUCUUCAUGUCCGUGCUGGCCGAGGCCGUCGUCUCGACGCCCAUCAGGGCCAUUGUGCUCACGGGCGAGCCGCUCACGUCCCGAAUCGGCCCCUUGUUCGGCACCGGCGCGCGCCUGUUCAGCUGGUACGGCGCAUCGGAGUGUCCCGUCGUUGCCCUCGCGCCCCUGGUGGAUAGGAAGUGGACGAGGUCGCAAAUCAACUCCCGGCACCCGGGGAACUGCUGGGUCGUUGAGCCCGACGACCCAGAUGCCCUCUGCGGCUUCGGCGACGUCGGGGAGCUGUUGGUGGAAAGCCCCAUGUUGGCACUGGGCUAUCUGGGCGCUCCGCAGCAGACGGAGGCGUCUUUUGCAGCUGAUCCGGCGUGGCUGGGCCGCGGGCACGGCUGCGUCCCCGGCCGACGCGGCAGGCUGUACAGAACCGGGGACCUUGUGCGGAACAACCCGGACUGGACGCUGGACUACAUUGGCCGCAAGGAUGCCGUCGUCAAGGUCCGAGGCCAGCGCGUCGACCUGAGCGCCGUCGAGCUCUGCAUCUGGAACCACCUUCGGUCGGGGGACGUCGAAUCGCCCGCCCCCCGCAUCAGGGAGGUCGUCGUCGAGCCCGUCGACUCGGCCACGAACAACGACGGCGUGAGCAUCUCGUGCUUCUUACACGUCGACGACGACGCCGCUUGCUUGCCGCGGACGCCCUUGGCCACGUCUACAAGCUUACCGUGCAUCCGUGUCUACGCACCCGACGCGUCUCUGGACGGUCUCUGGCCCGGGCUGCGUCGUGCUCUGAGCUCCGUGCUUGCCGAGUACAUGGUGCCGUCUCUGUACCUCCAACUGUCAGACGUGCCCUUGACCCAGUCGGGAAAAGUAGACCGGAGGCUGCUGCGCUCUCUGGCAUCGCAGAUACCCAGUCGCGACUUGCUGGAGUGCCGUGCAUUCCCAGGACAGGGCCAUAGCCUGCCACGUAAUGACGCCGAAUCGGCACUCCAGCGACUCUGGGCCGAGGUGCUGGGAGUAGAGGCGGCCGAGGUCUACACAAACAAGAGCUUUCUUCAAUGCGGCGGAGACUCUCUAAGUGCCAUCCUGCUCUCCAAGGCGUUGAGUCGGGAGUUUGGUCUGGCCACCAAGGUGCCACGGCUCUUACGCCGAGAGACCACGAUCCAGCAUCUCGCAACGCUGCUGGGACAGCCCGGGAACGGCCACGCAGGCGACGAGGCCCGGACGGACGUGGCGACCGUUCUGAGGGCGUGGGAGGCAAGACUCGGCCUCGUGUCCGUUCGUCCUCGGGCCGCUCCGUCCCCGUCAGGUACAAGUCGGGGCUCCCGCGUGCUACUGACCGGCGCGACGGGGUAUCUGGGGACACACAUCCUCGGCGAGCUGCUUCAGCGCCAGUGGGUGAACAAGGUCGUGGUGCUGGUGCGAGCAGCAGACGUCGGCCUCGCCGAGGAACGCAUCCGCAGGGCCGCAAGCACCGCCGGAUGGUGGCAGCCGAGCGCGCUGGCCCGCAUCGAGGUCUGGCCCGGCGACUUGACGGAGGCGGGGCUGGGACUGCGGCCGGAGAGAUGGGCCGACAUGUCGAGCCUCGACGUCAUCAUCCACAACGGGGCCGUCGUCAACUACAGCGCCGGCUACGACGUCCUGGAGCGCGCAAACGUCAUCUCGACCUUCUACCUGCUCGAGGCUGCCCUCGGGUCUGAGCGUCUCCGAGCCUUCAUCCUCGUAUCUGGCGGCAUCAGACGAGCCCAGGGCCAGUCAGACGCAGAGUACCUGCGGGCUCUCGACGAGUCCGAGGGAUACAGCCAGACAAAGUACGUGGCGGAGCGGCUGACGCUGGCCGCAGGGCGCCUGUUGCGUCAAAACGCCCGGUCCCGCGCCGGACAAGACGAGCCGAGCCCGAGUCCGGCGAGCGGGAGCCGCACCUUUGCGGUCAUCAAGCCCGGCUACAUUGUCGGCGACCAGGUCACCGGCCUCUCCAACACGGACGACUUCAUCUGGAAGCUGGUCGCGGGCGCGGUCCGCAUGGGAUCCUUCCCUUCCGACCCCCCGGGCUACUGGGUGGACAUGGCAGAAGUCAGCUACGUGGCGAGGCGGAUCGCUCACAGGGCACAAGCGUGCGCAUCCGACGGUGUGUCUCCCCAGCCCGUCGCUUCGGACUUGGAGGCCCCCGGGCCCGGAGCAGGCUCGGGCGUGGUCCUGGACGAGAUGAACCGCGGCUUGCCGGUGCAUCUGUUCUGGCAGGCCGUCCAGUCACAAGCGCAGCUCGCUCUACGCCAACUGGACUGGGACUCGUGGAUCGCCCACGCCCACGUCGAGCUUGAGCGGGAGCUCGAAGCGCACCCUCUGUGGGGGAUCCAGCUCCUCUUGGGACCGAGCCUCGGCAGUCCCGCCAGGAUACCGGACGCGGACUCCCGUGCCGUGGACGAGGUUGGCGCGGCCGUGCGACGCUGUGUACAGUAUCUCUGCAGUGUCGGGUUCAUUGCCCUCCCGCUCAACGGGGCGUGUCCGAGCCCCUCAGACGCCGGUGGCAAGUACCCUGUCGAGGACGCUGACGACGAUCAUGGAGCAGAGAGAAGGGCGUGGAAGGGUACCCAGGGCGAGCGUCACCCUGCCAUCGUCACUCGAUCCAAGCUGACGUACUGGAACUGA